AUGACUGACUGUGGACAAAGUAACCAAUCCGGCAGAUCGCCAAAAAACAAAAAGAAUACAGUAUCUAAAUUCUUCAAGCGGCUGAGCUUAUCUAAGAAACAAGAAGACGAAUUAAGCCACCCCAGCACUCCUUCUCCGGAAGAGAAAGGGACUUCAACAGAGGGAUCAACUACAACAACCCACGUCAACAUUUCUUACGCUCCAGUCGUUCAGCCUGAUUCAUUAUCUGAGUCUUACUAUGCCGCUCCACAAGUUUCCCCUGCGGCGUCGCGUGUCGUACCACCGGACCAAAGUUUGCAAGCUAAGCAGCAUCGUCUUCUACGAAGAUUACACUCUACUCUCAACGAAGCUACUGUUAUUGUCGAAGAGUUUCUUCUUUUGUACAAGCCUGAUGAUUAG